UUUGACAAUCAAUUAAAAUACACGUUACAAAAAAAGAAGUUUAUUAUUAUAGCGAAUAAUUAUAUUUCGUCCACUUAUUGCUAACAACAGAAGGGGUGCAAAAUGAAUGUAGGAUCAAAUUCUGUAGGAAACCAUUUAGUGGACAUACAUGAAGACUUACAUGAAGAGGAAGAAGACAAGGAAGAAAACAGCAAUAUUUCGACGAUUGCUGAUAAACCGGACAUGCGAUUCAACAGGCCUACUAAAAAUAGAGAAAUAAAAAGGCCUCCUAGGAAAUUCAGCAGGCAAGUUUCACUAGAGACAGGGUUCUCUGUACUGAAUGAAGAGACAUCUAAAGAUAAAAAUGAGCGAAAAAUACUCAGAAGAAGUGGAAAUAGUUUUGGAGGAUUUGGUGUCAAUGGGACAACUGGUAUUGAAGCAAGAAAUAAAGGGGAUUUCAGCAUGUUCAGGACUAAAUCAACUAUUGCUAGGCAAUCUUCAAAGAUACCACUUAGAAAAGAAAGUGGAAUUGAACUUCAGAACAAUAAUGCUAAAGGAGGACUUGAUGAUCAUGUCAAGAAAAGUGUUCCUGCUGGAAGAUACUUUGAUGCCCUUACAGGACCUGAACUUGAUCAAGUCAAGGAUUCUGAGGACAUUCUUCUUCCAAAAGAUGAAAAAUGGCCAUUCCUACUCAGGUUCCCAAUUGGUUGCUUUGGUAUCUGCCUAGGCCUUAGUAGUCAAGCCAUCCUCUGGCGUUCUCUUGCUCUGAGUCCUGUCACCAAAUUCCUCCAUGUUCCACUUUUCAUUAACUUCGCGGUUUGGCUGUUAGCCGUGGGGGUUCUAGUUGCAGUCUUCAUAACUUACAUGUUCAAAUGUGCACUUUACUUUGAAGCUAUUAAGAGAGAAUACUUUCACCCAGUGAGGGUCAACUUCUUUUGUGCUCCAUGGAUUGUCUGCAUGUUUUUAGCCAUAGGUGCACCACCUAAAACCACACCAGAAACUCUUCACCCCGCCAUCUGGUGUGUCUUCAUGGCCCCAAUCUUCUUCCUAAAUCUCAAAAUCUAUGGCCAAUGGCUUUCAGGAGGGAAACGACGUCUCUGUAAAGUAGCCAACCCAUCCUCUCACCUCUCUGUAAUUGGGAAUUUCGUGGGAGCCAUUUUGGCUGCCAAAGUGGGAUGGAAGGAGCCUGGAAAGUUCUUGUGGUCGAUUGGCUUUGCACAUUAUCUUGUGGUGUUUGUCACAUUAUAUCAAAGAUUGCCAACGAGUGAAGCGUUGCCCAAGGAACUGCACCCUGUUUAUUCCAUGUUCAUUGCAACUCCAGCUGCAGCCAGUCUUGCUUGGGGUGCUAUAUAUGAUGAAUUUGACGGCUUGGCAAGAACCUGCUACUUCAUUUCAUUAUUUCUCUACUUAUCGUUGGUUGUACGUCCCAACUUCUUCACAGGAUUCAGAUUUUCAGUUGCUUGGUGGUCAUAUACUUUUCCAAUGACUACAGUUUCAAUAGCAACCAUAAAGUAUGCAGAGGAGGUUCCUUCUUUCACAACCAAGGCUCUGGCUUUGGCUCUUUCGUUCAUGUCAACAACAAUGGUCUGCAUACUAUUCGUCUCAACCCUUCUGCAUGCUUUUGUUUGGAAAACCUUGUUCCCCAAUGAUCUCGCCAUUGCCAUAACAAAGAAAAGAUACAGCAAGGAUAAGAAGCCUUUGAUGAAGCGUUGGACAAAACAUUCGCCUCUUUCAUUUGUCACGUCAAUAGGGAAACAUAACUCAGGAGACAAGGAGUGCGCCUCUGAUGAGGAGAAAUGAUCGUAAAUCAAUAAUCAUGAUGCAUAAAUGUAUAAUAUGGAAGUUGGCAGCUAUAUAUAAUCAAGCAAUUAGUCCUGAAGGCAAGCUUGAGGAACAAAGUCUUGCAGCACUGAGGAUGAGCAACUACAAAUGCAGUGACCAGGAAAGAGCAAAAAAUUAUUUAAAGGUCUAAAGUAGCCUUCCCUACUCUGUAGCCAUUAUAGUCAGAAUGUAAUCCCAGUUAUCUGAACCGCCAUAAAAGAGAUCCGAUUAAAUUUGUAAUUUUUUCACAUCUUCAAUGUCUGAUACAUGUUUCAUUUAAUCUCUCAAGCAUUUUCCGUCAUCAAGAGUCGGGGACAAUUUGGAGUAACCUGAUUGUAGUAUGCUCUCUCAGCCAAUUAUUUAACGUCAUCAAGUAUAAAUGUCCUUCGAGAGCUCAUACAAAUUG